AUGGACCCACAGACAAACAUUACUACAUGGGAUGAACACUUGAAUGAAUUCCAACUAGCCUACAACUCUAGUCCUCACGAUUCAACGAAGCUCUCUCUUUUCUCAGCUGUCUUUGGUCGUGAAGCCCAUGUCCUAGCACAACACGACCUUGGUGUCAAACCUGUCUCUCUUGUUGGCUAUCACUCUUCCAUCAAGGAAAUGCUUUCUCACGCGCACAGCCUCAUUCAGCUAGAAAAUCUUCGUUCACAAGCAGGAAAUGCCAUCACCUAUAAUCAACAUUGUACAGCACCUAACUUCGUCAUUGGCAAUCAAGUUCUCAUUAAGUUUCCCAUACUAUCAAAUGCCGCUGCCGGCCGCUCAGCAAAACUGUCUCCUUCAUUGCAUGGCCCUUUUCUAGUGGUCAGAUCUAUUGGUGCUGAUCGUUUUGAUCUUUUAGAUCCUGUCUCCAAUAAGAAGCACACAAAUAUCCACUCGGAAUGGUUGAAGAAAUACUCAUUUAGAAAUGAAGACAUUUCCUCUUCUUAA